CAGUGUGACACUGUUCUUCGCAUUCUUUGCCUGAUUAUUCCCGAAGCAAGGAGUUCAUCGAGACGGUUGUUGUCAGCAUCAUUCGCUUUAGGGCUUUAAAAAUUCCAACCUCUAAGAGACUUUGGAACAUCUUUACAACUCUCCACGGUAUUAAGAUUUUCUGCAAGUUGGUUUAGAGGGGUACCUUUCGAAAUCUCUCAAAAUCUACACAUUUUGUUUCUGUUAUUCCUGAUUUAGCUAACGCAGUUUAGCAUCCCACGACCAAAAUGCCGAAAGCAAUAAACGUCCGUGUUACCACCAUGGAUGCGGAGUUGGAAUUCGCAAUCCAACCCAGUACUACCGGCAAACAACUAUUCGACCAGGUCGUCAAAACCAUCGGAUUGAGGGAGAUUUGGUUUUUUGGAUUGCAAUUCACUGAUAAUAAAGGAGACGCUUCCUGGCUCAAACUGAACAAGAAGGUAAUGAGUCAGGAUGUAAAGAAGGAAACUCCUUUGCAGUUCAAGUUCCGUGUCAAGUUCUUCCCUGAGGAUGUCGCUGAGGAGCUCAUCCAAGAAGUCACCCAAAAAAUGUUUUUCCUUCAAAUCAAGGAAGCCAUCUUCACCUCAGAUGUUUUUUGUCCUCCUGAGACCACUGUUUUGCUUGCAUCUUACAUGUGUCAAGCUAAGCAUGGAGAAUAUACUGAUGAAUCAGCAGCCUUAAUAAAAGAUGAGAAACUUCUUCCAGACAGGGUUUUGGACCAGCACACACUGUCCAAGGAACAAUGGGAUGAGAGAAUUAUCCUGUGGUGGAAGGAGCAUGGUCGGAUGGCAAAGGAAGAUGCUGUCAUUGAAUACUUGAAGAUUACACAGGAUUUGGAGAUGUAUGGAGUAAACUACUUCCAAAUUAAGAACAAGAAACACACUGAUCUAUACCUAGGUGUUGAUGCUCUGGGACUCAACAUCUAUGAUCAAAACGACAAGUUGACUCCCAAGAUUGGUUUUCCUUGGAGUGAAAUUAGGAAUAUAUCUUUCAAUGAUAAGAAAUUUUGUAUCAAACCCAUUGACAAGAAAGCACCGGACUUCAUUUUCUUCUCUCCACGUCUGAGGUCGAACAAGCGUAUUCUGGCUCUGUGCAUGGGUAACCAUGAGCUUUACAUGCGUCGCAGAAAGCCUGACACAAUAGAAGUUCAACAGAUGAAGGCGCAAGCCAGGGAGGAGAAAGUACGCAGGGAAAAGGAAAGAAAUGCGUUUGUUAAGGAGGCAGAAGCAAGGACAAAGGCUGAGAAUGAUAGAAAGUUACUUGAAGAAAAAUUAAAACAAAGUGAGGCCGAAAAAGAAGAAAUGAGGGCUGCCCAGGAAGAAGAAAGGAGAAUAAAGGAGGAACUAGAAAAGGAGAGAAAAUUGAUUGAGCAGAAUAGGGAGUUACUCGAAAAGAGAGUUCAGGAACAAGAAGCCGAGACCCAGCGACUUCAAGAAGAAUUUGAAAGAGCGGCCCGAGAACGUGAAAAUGCUAUGCAUGAGAAAGAGGAGCUUGCUGAAGCAGCCAAGCGAAGGGAAGAAGAGAAACAAGCAGAAGAGGAGAGGCGGAGGCGUCUGGAAGAGGAAAAAAUUGCAACACAGAGAGAACUGGAGGAUAACUUAAAAAAGCUGGAUGAGCUUAGACUUGACCAACAAAGACGUGAAGAGGAGUUCCGAAUGCAAGAGGAAAUGCUCGUCCAGUCCAAGAUGAUGCCAGCGGAGCACAUCCCUGAUAAGGACGAGCAGGGAGAUAGAAGCUCUGACCUGUGCCAUGAAGGCAUUGUUGGCGAUCGAUCUGAGGAAAAUCGCCAACCUCAAAAUCGCAGCAAAGCUUUACAAGAUCUAAGUGCGGACCUGGCUGCUGCCAGAGAUGAGAAGAAACAGACUCAUUAUGACAAGCUCCACGAUGAAAACGCGAGGCACGGACGUGACAAGUACAAAACGCUAAAACAGAUUCGACAAGGGAACACCAAAAGUCGUGUUGACCAAUUUGAGAACUUGUAAUUCCUGCCAUUGUCAGGUGACGUGGAUUCUUUCUUCACAUGUCUCCGUCAGCUGGGAUGCUAACCCACCUACACGAACAUUGAAUACUAGGCUGAUUUAGUUUUGUACUUUAAUAUAAUAUGCAAUUAUCCGACAUUCAACAAAAUGCCAUAAUAUUACCCGAACUCUAAUAUCAACUGCGUCUCAUGUAACCUAGCAUUUAGGCUGUGUGGGGCAGGUCUGACUUUUUUGUAAUAACAACUAUGGAAUGGGCACCCUUUCAGCACUCGCUGUACAAAACAGAUAUGGAUUUAUAAGAGUAGUUUUGGACGACAUUUUCACAUAAUCAAAUUGAUCAAAAUUUCAUUUAUAGACCUAAAUAUAAAAAUUCCUUUGUCUACCCUGCGAAAGAAUUCCAGUGAUGAUAAGGUGUAUUCAUGAAGGCUAUCAAACAUUUCCAUCUCUUCCUGCCUUGCGCCUAAGACUCGUUAACAUCCCCCUAUCCCUGAGUGACGUCUUGUAUAACGGUUUCGUCCCCAGUCUUUUCGUAACCACCACAUGGCCGUGAGGACCUGAGAACUCGGUUUGACGUCAUUUAAGUGAUUCGUCUCGAAUCCUUGAUUGGUAGAUCAGCGUCCUAAUCAGGAUCAGGAUAUUCGACUGCAGACCCGACUUGUAAAAUUUUAGACUAGGCUAAAAUAUAUAAAAUGGUAGAUUUAAUUGAGUGCUUAUAUCGAAUAAAAUAAAAAGCUUUGGAUAUA